GCGCACAUGACGCAUUGGAUAGUAGAGGAGCUGGGCAGCAGUUAUCCGCUACCUUGAUAAACUAUCUGCAUCACGUUUAAUGAAAAGAAGCAGACCCUAAGUGCGACAAAGCUUUUUCCCUGCCGAGACUUCUGAAUAUUUUGGAUCCAGCUCGUGCGUAAAAAUCAAGACGCACAGCUCACCACUGCACAUGGCGCGCUGAUCUUCAGGUUGAAUGAGCAGAAUGCGUCUUCCUGAAGAUGAACAUCUCUCUGUGUGACUCUGCAGCCACCAUGUAUCACCUAACCACAGACCGCCACCCGAAUGCCAGCUGCAACUUCUCCCCGCCCCCGUCCAAUUGGUCAGUGGGGGGCAGCGCCCUACAGCUGCCCACGUUCACCACAGCAGCCAAAGUCAGAGUCGUCAUCACCUGUAUCCUCUGCGGCAUGUCAGCUUUCUGUAACCUGGCUGUGCUGUGGGCGGCGCACACUGAUGGAAAACGAAAAUCUCAUGUCAGAGUGCUGAUCAUAAACCUGACGGUGGCUGACCUGCUGGUCACCUUCAUCGUCAUGCCUGUUGAUGCUGUGUGGAACAUAACAGUGCAGUGGCUGGCUGGGGACUUUGCCUGCAGGUUGCUGAUGUUUCUCAAGCUGCAGGCCAUGUACUCAUGCGCCUUUGUCACCGUAGUAAUCAGUCUGGAUCGGCAAUCAGCCAUCCUCGACCCUCUGGCUAUCAAUAAAGCCAGGACGAGAAACAGAGUCAUGCUGACUGUGGCAUGGAGCAUGAGUGUCCUGCUGUCAGUCCCUCAGUUAUUCCUGUUUCACAAUGUGACCAUCGUCCAUCCUGAGGACUUCACUCAGUGCACCACACGGGGAAGUUUUGUCACUCACUGGCAUGAAACGGCCUACAACAUGUUCACUUUUUCCUGUCUGUUCCUGCUGCCGCUGGUUAUCAUGUGCACCUGUUACACCAGGAUCUUCUGCGAGAUCUCAAAGAGACUGGGAAAAGACAACUUGCCGUCCAAUGAAGUGCACCUGCGCCGGUCAAAGAAUAACAUCCCCAGAGCCCGGAUGAGAACUUUGAAAAUGAGUAUAGUGAUUGUUCUGUCUUUCAUUAUCUGCUGGACUCCAUACUACCUGCUGGGUCUCUGGUACUGGUUCUUUCCAGAUGACCUGGAAGGGAAGGUCUCCCAAUCACUGACCCACAUCCUGUUUAUCUUUGGGCUUGUAAAUGCCUGCCUGGACCCCAUUAUCUACGGCCUUUUCACAAUUCACUUCAGAAAGGGGUUUCGGAAGUAUUACUGCAACACCACCACGGCAUCAGAGCUGGAAAAUAACACGGUUAUAACGGAGUCUUUCUCCUGCAAUGCUAACACUUUGCCAAUGAAACGAGAGGUGAGUCCCGCCAGCCAGGACAGGUUCAUGUUGUUCAGUGACAGCAAAACAGAGUCAUCAUCACCAAAAAGCAGCCCUUUAACAGCAAACAAUGAUACAGAGAGAGAUCCAAACCGGUCCAGCCGUGAGAGCGCCAUUUGAGGGGAGUGCAAACAGAGACUCUGAUCUUUUCUAUUACUGUUGUUACAGUGUUUAAUUUGUUCAGAUGUAUUUACUGUUGGACUAUCUGAUGUGUUUGGUCAUUGUGUUUCUUAAAUACUGCCUGUCAUUUUGGCUCAUUUCACUUAUUGUUGCAUUCCUCAAUAUAAAUACAAAGGCCAAAAAUCAUAACUGCAUUUGGCUGGACAAUAAUGAACUAUUAUCGAAGUGGGAGCCCUCUAAAGAAGAUACACUGACAACGGGACUGCAACAUAACAGGAUUGUGUUUAUAGAGAAAUGUUCAGUACUCUGUGAUUUGUAACCUGUGGUCAUCUUAUAUUAAAUGUCU